AUGUCUGUCUUCGCAAUGCAGCCAGAAACCGAUACCAGGAUCGCGCAGCAGACCCAACUCUCAAAUAGAAUAUUCGAGCGCAACGCGACGACCUCACCCCUCCUCCUCCUACCUGCAGAACUCCGAAACAUAAUCUACGUCCUCGCUAUGAGCCAUGGAGACAUCAUAAUGGACUUCAACGACGCCGUGUAUGGAACCAAGGCAGCAGACCGGAACCGGUGGCCCGACCACCAAGCGGAACCUCAAGCGGAACCUCUGCUCUUCGUCUGCCGCCAGAUUUACGCGGAAGUCGCCUUGCUACCUUACAAGCUCAACAGGUUCAAGGUCAGCGUCAAUCUCUGUUACGAUCUUUACUUCAUGCUUGAUCGGCGGACAUCAAAGCAGAUUGCGCUGAUGAAGGAGGUGUGGUGGAUGUACGCUGAUGAGCAGGACGGCGAGUGGUGCCGUUCAGGACUGGAAUGGCUGAGGUUUCUUUGCAAGUAUGAUGACUACGAUGAGGAGAUUCGUAUGCGUAUGGGUGAUGGUGAGAGUGAGGAUGAGAGUGAGGAUGAGAGCGAGGAUGAGGAUGACGAUUAA